AUGGCCGAUAAAAAUGGAUCAGCGACUCUGCAAGAGAAUGGCAGCGCAGCCAACCCUACUUCCGAUGCCAAGGGCAAGGGCAAGGCGGCUGAACCUGAGACCCGUGAAGUGAACAUGGAAGGCGAGGACAGCUCCAGCGAAGAAGAAGUUGAUGAUAAUGAACCUGUUGUGGAUGAACCCGAUGACGAUAACAUGGAGGAGAUCGACCCUGAAAACAUCAUCUCUGAUGGUCGUCGCACUCGUGGCCGCAAGAUUGACUUUGCCAAGGCUGCGGAGGAGAACCCGGAGGAGGACGAAGAAUCCGAAGAUGAUGGGGAUUUCGAGGCUCCUGACGACGAGAUGGAGGAAUAG